GGUGAUUCUGGGACAUUAUGAUGAUGCAAAAGACAUAAACAAUGCACAUCUCGUGCAUAAAGUGGUGUGGUAAGCAAGCGGAGCCUCCCACCGAUCGCUCGUCUCCCACCGGAAUCCCCCACAUUCCAACUCAUCCCAAACGCAAUGCCCAAACAAUUCCAGUGCCGAUUUCCAGGCUGUAAUGCAGCAUACACCCGAAGAGAACAUCUAAGUCGCCAUGCGGCCCAGCAUGUACGACAGCGAUCCUUCACCUGCCCAACGUGCGGAAAUGAGUACGGUCGGAGGUAAGCCGCCCCUCUCCUCCCCAUGUUCUGUUUUCUAAUCGCGCAGUGACACUCUUCGGCGACAUAUUCGGCAGAAUCACGGCGUAAGCAGCCCUGUCAGUCGGGUUCGAGCGUGCGACAGCUGCCGUGCGUUGAAAGCCCGCUGCGAUGGAGGAUCGCCGUGCAGGGAAUGUUCGCGCCGUCAGAUUGCGUGUUCUCUCCGUGGCACCUGCACUGCAACUUCCAGUCGAGAGGAAAAGGAGAAACGGGCGAUAGCGAUGUACUGGAGCGUCUUCCAUCCUCACUGGCCAUUUGUGCACCAGGCCUCCUUCCAGAAUUACGAGGAGGGACCGUUACUCGUCCAAUCUAUCGUCGCCAUGGGGCUGUGGGCGACGGGCGAGGAGAGCGCUCGUUCUGCCGCCGUUGAGCUCCACAAAGUCCUGGGCGCAGCUCUGUUGGAACAACGGGACAAGUGGGAGUGCCCACAUCUAGAUCGCGCCUCCGACUUCUCGGCGUGGCCAAUCCCUACCCUUCAGGCUAUCGUACUGUACAUCCUGUUCGCUCUCAUCUCCAAAGGCAGCGCCUCGAUAGGCUUUGACUUGAAGCCCAGUCUACCCCCGGCUGAGAUGGACAUGCUCGCGUCUCUCGUCACAACCUGCAGGCACCUGGGAAUGUUCCACUACCCGACCAUCCUAGCGCAGUACUCGAAUGACCACGUCAAAGCGUACAUCUGGAUCGGAGUGGAGGAGAUCAAGCGGUUCAAUCUGACCCUAUUCAAGCUCUGUAGAAGUGUAGCGCCCUCGGAGGGUCGGUGUCGGCUCUCCGCGACCGAGCUGCAGUUUCCUUUGCCAACGGGCGAGGGGCUGUGGAGUGCUGUCACGUCUGCGGAUUGGCAUGCUGAGGCCGCGAAGGAGGGUACCAAUUUGGACAAGACUCGUGGGCCGAAUGAGCCGUGGAUUUCCGAAUCGGCGGAGCUUGUCCGAUGUAUUGACCCCGAGUCGGGAUUUAUCUGAUAGAAUAGAAUCGCUGCAUGUCGGCAGCUGUCGGGUGGCGGCCGCCUAAUAAUCACUUACAAAUGCACCAACAUACACUGCAUCCUUAGUCCUCGUGGAUAAAUAGGCACUUUCGAUCCCAUAGCUUUCGAC